CCUGCUGCGUAAAUUCUCCUAAUAUUGUAUGUAAAGAUAAAUCUGACAUCAAUUUUACAAAAGCUGGAUCCCUUCUAGCCAUGACCCUUCAAGCUUUUAAAUCAACGUCCGGUUUCAUCACAAUUUUUGAAGUUCACUAUCAACAAGUGGACGAGAGAGAGGGAAGAGCUGUGGUCGUCUAACUUGAAGUGUUUGUUAUAUCGAGAUGUUGAUUGUAUAAUCGCUUGAAUUAUAUCGAACACCCAGGACGAUUUCAGUGGGUUUUAAUCGGUUGAUGUCAAGAUGACAAUUGCACUUUAUCUGUAAACUAGUGCUUUUAAAUGAAAGUGAAGUACAGCAUCGAGUGUGUCUCUGCUAGACCGCUGAGGAGGUUUGCCAAGCGGCGUGGGUCAAGAACCAUGCCCGAACUUUCCAAGAUGAGGAAGCCUGACGUCAAAGUUGUCAUUCUGGGCGACAUGAACGUUGGGAAGACCUCGCUGCUUCACAGGUACACGGAGAAGAAAUUUAAAGACACCAUCAGCACCGUCGGAGGGGCGUUUUUCCUCAAACAGUGGGGACCCUACAAUAUCUCCAUUUGGGACACUGCUGGUCGGGAGCAGUUCCACGGGCUGGGCUCCAUGUACUGCCGGGGCGCUGCUGCUGUCAUCCUCACCUACGACGUAACCAACUGGCAGAGUCUGGCUGAGCUGGAGGAGCGCUUCCUGUCCCUGACCGACACUGCCAAUCACGACUGCAUCUACGCCAUCGUGGGCAACAAGGCCGACCUCACAGACCUCCAGGCACAGGUGGGAGCCACCCAAGACGGCCUAACCGAGGACCAGGGAGAGGAGGACGGGGAGAGGCCCAGGGUGCCUUCUGCCUGCCCCACCCCUCCAGCCUCUCCAGUCUCCCUGUCGGGGGUGUCGGUCAACAAGCAGGUGAGCCGGGAGGAUGCAGUGGCGUUGUAUGGGAGGAUCCUGAGAUACAAGGGUAUGGAGGAGACUAACAGCCUGCCUGCUGACAAGAUGUGCUUUGAGACCAGUGCUAAGACGGGCUACAACGUGGACCCUGAGGCGCUGUUUGACAUGGUGCUGCCCUCCAUCAUCAGGAAGAGGACUGAGAGAGAGGGAUCACCCACCGUGGACCUGGAUGAGUGCAUCGGGGCAGGGAAACGGCCAAGGACCGCCUGCUGCUAGGGACUACCGAGUUUUAGACUGAUCGUAAAGAGGAGUUUUCAUGCCAUCUCCAUGUUGCUCUCCAAAAAGAUUUGUCAGCAUUGACCGAUUUUUGAUACACAUACUUUCAAGCAAUCAAUCAAACAUAUUUUUUUUCUUCCAAUGAGAUGCCAAGGAUUGUUAUGGAGUAAGAAGGAGUUGGAUCUCUGAGGCUCUGAUAUGCAUGUAAUUGAGUUCUGGCCAAAAUGGUGUGUAGUUUGUAAAAUGGACUGUUUAGAAAUCAAUCACAUAUGAUUAUUGUCUUGAAUGAGAAUGUCACAUGCCUUUUUGUUCAACAGCACGAAUUGUUUGACUACCAGGGUGGGCACAUUUGAAUUGUGUAAAAUUAAUCUUAUUGUAAGGAUGUUUUUAAAUGUUUGUUAAACAAUCAGCUUUGUUUGCAUUUGUACGUUCUGUUGCAUGUUCAUUUUUAUUACAUCCUUUUUUUUUUUUCAUUUGCACCUGAUCUACACUGGACAAUGUGCAUUUAUAUGGAAGACAUUUUAAACGUGCUUGAUAUUUUCAAAGAUGAUACGAUAAUAAAGAUUCUCAUUUUGAAAUUG